GCGUGCUUGUCCACCGGUCGACCGCCAUCUUUGAUCGCACUCUAAAUCGGUGAGAGGUGUGUUUUGUGACUCGCGGCGUCCUACCUGAUCCAGUAGCAGGUGUAGCCCGCGGGACCGGUCGGGAUAGGAGGGCCCACCCGGAGUGUAAGGGCGCUACUCUAGCUCUCCUGUGCGGUCUUAGCGUCUUCGCCUUCUCUAGCCUGCUGCAGAGCUGAGCGACUGCCCGUAUCCACCCUGUGCCCCGGCCGCCGCUUUCCUUCAGCCGCCUUCUCCGAGAGCCCGGUUCACCCCGCCGGCCUCUGCCUGGUCCGCGGCAGGUUUCUGCACCGCCGGGGUCAGGAGGGCCCAGUCCAUGGGUUGGACCUGUGUCUCUUGGUGCAUUAACAGGUCACAGGUGUGGCUCAGGGAGAGCUAGUCUAGUCUAGGCAGCUGGGUACCUACAACGACCAUCUUGCCAAUCCUUGCGAUCACAAGUAAGGAUUUCCACUGCUCCAACUGGCUGUGUGGACCAAACAGUAUUCAUUGGCCUCCAGACUGCCCAGUGGCUCUGCAUCCGCUUCCAUCCCUCUUUCUUAAGUGGCUUCUUGGGCUUACAGAGGACAUUCACUUAGACUUCCAGAAGCUGGAGGAAAGAAAUGGACUCCGUGGUCAUUGAGGAUGUGGCUGUGGACUUUACCCCAGAAGAGUGGGCUUUGCUGGAUGUUGCUCAGAGGAAACUCUACAGAGAUGUGAUGAUGGAAACCUUCAGAAACCUGGCUUCAGUGGUCAUUGGUUCAGGUUCUCAAAACCUUAUUGAUGGAGAAAAAUUACCGAGUAAACAUCUAAUGGUGCAAUUGAGGACAAAUGACUCCUGGCCCUCCAUGCUGGGAGAAAUCUGUGAAUUGCUUGGCUUUGAAGAUCAACAUAAAAUCCUGGGGAGACAUGUGAGGCAUAUGAUACAGAACCUUUGUGAAAAUAAGGAAGACAAUAAAGGUGGAAAACCCUUCAGCCAGAUUCCAAACCUUACUGUGUUCAAAAGAACUACUGGGGUAAAUCCUGAAUACCGUGAAUGUGGAAAAUUCUUCAUAGAUCACUCAUCACUUAAGCGUCAUAUCAGAUGUCAAACUGAAUGCAAUACUUAUCAACGUAAUGAACAUGAAGAAGUCUCUCUUUCUUACCUAAGUACUCCUAUGAGAACUCUUACUGAAGAUAAGCCCUAUAAAUGUAAGAUAUGUGGGAAAGGCUGCAUUUGUAUCUCAACUCUUAAAAAUUAUGUGACAACGCUCAAUGAAGAGAAACUCUGUGAAUGUAAUGGAUGUGGAGAAGAUUUCUGUAGCUCCUCAUCCUUUUGGACACAUAUGAGAGGUCACAAGCAUGAACAUAAAGGAUACUGGAAAACCUAUUCCACAUCACUCACUUCACACAAAAAAUUUCAUAGUGGAGAUAAGCCUUAUAAAUGUAAAGAAUGUGGGAAAGCCUUUAGUCGUUCCUCAUCCCUCAUUACACAUCUAAGAACUCACAGAGAGAAGCCUGAUGAACGUAAGGAAUGUGGGAAAGCUUUUGGUCGUUCCACACACCACACCACACUUAGAACUCACAGUAAGGAGAGGCCUUAUGAAUGUAAGAAAUGUGGGAAAGCCUUUAGUGAUGCCUCCUCUUUCACUAAACAUAAAAGAACUCACAGUGAAGAGAGGCCUUACGAAUGUAAGGAAUGUGGGAAAGCCUUUAGUGAUACCUCCUCUUUUGCUAAACAUAAAAGAACUCACCAUGAAAAGAGGCCUUAUGAAUGUAAAGAGUGUGGGAAAGCCUUUAGUUGUUCCUCAAACCUCAUUACACAUAGAAGAAUUCACAGUAGAGAGAGGCCUUAUGUAUGUAAAGACUGUGGAAAAGCUUUUAGUUGUUCCUCGGGACUCAGUGCACAUAGAAGAAUUCAUAGUGACGAGAAGCCUUAUGCAUGUAAGGAAUGUGGGAAAGCUUUUCGUUGUUCCUCACACCUCACUUCACAUUUAAGAACUCAUAGUGAAGAGAGGCCUUAUGAAUGUAAGGAAUGUUGGAAAGCCUUUAAAGACUCCUCUUCUCUCACUAUACAUGUAAGGAUUCACAGUGGAGAGAAGCCUUAUGAAUGUAAGGAAUGUGGGAAAGCCUUUAGUGCCUCCUCUGCUCUCACUAAACAUACAAGAAUUCACAGUGGAGAGAGGCCUUUUGAAUGCAAGGAAUGUGGGAAAGCUUUUAGGGUUUCCUCCUCUCUCAUUAAACACAUAGGAAUUCACAAUGAAGAGAGGCCUUACAAAUGUAAGGAAUGUGGGAAAGCCUUUAGUGACUCUUCAUCUCUCACUAAACAUGCUGGAACUCACAGUGGAGAGAGGCCUUUUGAAUGUAAAGAAUGUGAGAAAGCCUUUAAAGACUCCUCCUCUCUCAUUAAACAUAUAAGAAUUCACAGUGGGGAGAGGCCUUAUGAAUGUAAGGAAUGUAGGAGAGCCUUUAGAGACUCCUCCUCUCUUAUUAAACAUGUAAGAAUUCACAGUGGAGAGAGGCCUUAUGAAUGCAAAGAAUGUGGAAGAGCCUUUAGGGAGUCGUCCUCUCUCAUUAAGCAUAUAAGAACUCACAGUGGAGAGAAGCCUUAUGAAUGUAAGAAAUGUGGGAAAGCCUUUAAUGACUCCUCCGGUUUAACUAAACAUACAAGAAUUCACAGUGGAGAGAGGCCUUAUGAAUGUAAAGAAUGUGGGAAAGCUUUCAGGUGUUCUUCAGCCCUCACUACACAUAGAAGAACUCAUAGAGGAAAGAAUCCUGUGAAUGUAAGGAAUGUGGGAAAACCUUUAGUUGUUCCUCUCACCUCACUACACAUAUGACUCACAGAAGAGAGAGGAUUUAUGAAUAUAAUUAAUGUGGAAAAGCCUUUAUUCAUUCCUGCAUCCUUAUUGAAUGUUGAUAACCUCACAGUGGUGAGAGACCUCAUAAACAUAAGAAAAGGGAGAAAGCUAUUAUUACUCAUAACUCUUAAAGAACACAAAACAAGGUACAGUGGAGAGAAACCUUAAGAAUUUAAGGAAUGUGGAAGCCUUUAGUUAUUUCUUCCCCCUCUGAGGACAUACUGUGGAGAGAAUUCUCAAGAAUAUAAUGAAUGUACAGAAGUUUUCAAAUGUCCCUCAUUCUUUAGAACACACACACCUUAGCAGAUAUACUAGAGAAAAGCAAUAUAUGUCUAAGUAACGUUGCAUAGCUUUCAUCUCUUUUCACAAACCGGAAAGGAUACAAGGCAGAAAAACCAUGUAAGUGUAAGGAUUGUGGGGAAUUUUUUGUUUUUUUCUCCAUGCUUUCAAAGACAUUCUAAUUCAUGUAUAUGGAAAAGUCUUCCCUAAUUAACCCAAUUGAACAUGUGAGAAAGUUUUCUGGAGAGAUGACAUGUAAAAGUAAGGUAACUGGGAAUAUCUACACCUCUUUUUCCAUUCUUGGACAACGUGUGAGAUAUUAUACUUUGGAUUGAUGAUUUGAAUGUAAAAGAUGAUGGAAGCCUUUAGUGUUCCUUUUCACCCAGGACACCAAUGAGACCACACACACUGGAGAGACCCCGUGACUGUAAACUUUGUAAGAAAGCCUUCAGUCACAUUAUUUUCCUUAUAGUGCACAAGGAAAUUUAUACCAGGGAAAGAACCUUAUCAGAGUUGCAAAUUAUGAACAUAAUUUACUAUUUUCAUUUUUUGAUGUAAACAUUAUGGUGACAAACAUCACUGUAAGUACACUCAGCUGCUAACUGAAAGGUUGGAAUUUUCAACCCACGCAGUAGCUCCGCAGGAGAAAGACCUGGCAGUCUACUUCUGGAAGGAUUACAGCCUAGGAAACCCUUGGUACAAUUCUGUCACAUAGGGUGGCAGUGAGUCAAAAAUGGACUGGAUAGCACCUCAUAACAAUAGUCCUUUCAGUUCUAGGACAUGAAUUUUGGUUCGUAGUGUUUGCAUUUUGAUUCAUUUAUACAGAAAUACUCAAGGCUAUGGUGUGCCCCUACAGAGCCCCAACCUGCCCUAGGUAUACUGGAGCUUUUGUCCUGCACAGACCCAAAGCCUAUGCUCAGAGAUGGAGUCCUGGUUUUGGUAUUUCUAACAGUCUAAGAGUGUGUGCUGGGCCACAAACUGAGGCUGCAUUUGCUGGGAUGGGAAGGAAUAGUGUCUGCUGCAACACCUGGUGUGCACACCCACUGCAGGGCCUGGAGAAGAAGGGAGCCCAACUAGGGUUCUUGUAUUAGUGAGGCCAAGGCAAGGACUGUUGGGACUGGAAGUUUAUCCGUGCCAUUCUACCAAUGCUGAAGUGGAAGCUGACUCACUGACUCUUUAUGUGUGGAGCUUGGAAAUGGUGGCCGUAGGUUGUAGAAGCCUUCAGAUUAGACCUUUCUUGACCCAACACUUCCCCUUGUAGAAUCAUCCUCUGAAUAUCCCUGGCUCCCAUGAUGGUGCCUUUUGAUAGUUGUGAUGAUAGUCAAAACCAUGGAAGUGUCCACAAGGAAGGGAGUUAAAUUAAUGCCUGGCCAUACAUCAGAAUAUUCUACAGCCACUAUUGGGUCGCUGUGAAUUGAAAUUGACUCAGCGGCAAUGGGUCUUUUUGUUUAAAUGAGUUUUCAAUAUUUAACAACAGGAAUACACUUUUGGAAUAUGAAUUGGUAAAUGCAUUAAGUAUUAUAAUAAUUCACACAGUGAAACUACAGAGUAGUACCUUUCUUCCCUCCACAAACCUCCUUUGUGUUGCCCCUUUUUAGUCAAACCUCCCCUAAAUCUGAAUCCCUGGCAACUGUCCCUGUUCAUAUUGUGUACUACGUAACUUUUUGAUUUUGGCUCCUCUCACUUAGCAUGAUACACUUGAGAGAAAUCCAUGUUGACGCACAUAUCGAUAGUUUGUAUAUUGCUGUACAGUAUUACAUUGUGUACUGACCAUUUGGAGGGCAGUUGUAUUUCCAGUUGUUAUGAAUAAAGCUGAUGUAAAUAUUCUUUUGCAGGUUUUAUGUGAACAUAAAGUUUUUGUUUUUUUCACAUAUAUCCCUAGGAGUGAUACUACUAUUAUAUGGUAGGUGUAUUUUUAGGCAAGGAUUCUGAUAGUUCUCAAAAAUGUUUGCUCAAGGGAUACUUAACGUGUCAAAGCAAGAAACAUUUAUGGGAUAAACGGGCAAAUUCUUACUUCAUGUUACUUUUAUAUUUGUAUGUCUUUUCUCUUUAAAAACCUUGAUUCCCAGUAACAAUGUGUUACUUGUUUUACUCUGUGCAGUAUAUGUAGUAGUUUCAAAAUCAUAAUACUAAUAGUAGAGUCCUAUCAUUUAAUGUCCAUGAUACAUUCUGUGAAAUAGGAAGUUAAUUGUGAUUUGGACAUGUGGGCAUGCCUAAAUUACUAGCAGUAGCAUUCACUUAUUUUUCACUUUUGUGUUGUUUAAUAACCUUUUGUUUUACUGAAGUCGAUACUUCUCCUUUGCUUCUUGCUGCUGCUGUCGCUAGCACAGAUUUUGCUGCGUUUGGGAGCCAUUACGCACUUCAUGGUAAUUUAGAAAGGAAAUUAGAGAAUGCCACAACACUCAAGAAAUGUGAGAUCCAUGAGAUUGGAUACUGCUGCCUGCAUAUUGAAGCAUACACUGUUAAACAGUAAACUUUGUAAGUAGAGAAAUUUCACAUUAAAAUAAUGAUAGAAAGUACGGUAUGGUAUAUAUAUAUAACCUAGUAACAGAUGUUUAUUAUGACUAUCAAGACCUCUCUAUUACAGGUUAUGGAUGUACUGUACCAUUAAUACGCCUGUCAGGGCAGUCAUUUUGUAUACAGGAGACAUGAGAAACACGUGUCGUGUGUGGGAAGCUGUUGUAUUUGCCAUGUCCAGUUAUGUCUGCUACAUUCUGUUCUCUGAUCAGGAUUUCUGAACUCUGUUACAACCUAUGGGACCAUGGACUUAUACAUGGUUGGACAUGGCUUGAAUGGACAUUAUGCAGCACAUGACUGUAGUACCAUCCAAAAACUUAGUUAAGUACUCAGGGUGGGGGUGUUUUUUUUUUUGCAUUUCUUUUUGUAUUUAUUGUUAUAUAUCUUUAUUAGGGAUAUGAACUUAAGUAACAUUUACUUGAACUUAAACUCUGCAUGGUUACAUGAUCAGUUUGAUGUUGUUAGUUGCUGUUUAUGGCGAUCUCUGUAUAACAGUAUGAAACGUUGCUUGGUCUUGCUCCAUCUUCGUGAUUAUUGGUAUGUUUAAGUAAUGCCUUCCAAGCUCUGGGGCACAUCAUCCAGUACUAUAGCAGACAGUAUUCUGUUGUGAUCCAUAAAGUUUUCAUUGACUGAUUCUUAAAAGUAGAUCACCUGGUCUUUCUUCCUAAUCUGUCUUAAUCUGAGUGCUCCACUGAUACCUGUCUACCAUUGUUGACCUGCUGGUAUUUGAAAUAACACCAGUGGCAUAGCUUCCAGCCUCGUAGUAACACAAAAGUCAGCACGGUGCAACAAUUUAACAGACAGGUAGUGGCAGUAUGAUAUAUUAUUAGGUUUAUUUCUUUGUGUUCGUGUUUAAUUUUAAGGUUUCCAUUCAUUUUUAAUUAACAUACUUUACAUACAGACAGUCUACAUGUUGUGAACGAGAUCUGUUCCUAGGUCUGUCUUUAAGUCAUAUUUGCAGGUAAGUCAGAGCAGGUACCUACAGUUAUUUAGUAUCAGUCAAUGUUUGUCUUGGUAUAUAAUAUAUAUAAUAUGUAUUUUACUUUUCUAGCAUACCUUUCUAAGCACUUAAGAAACACUUCCAAAUUCACUAAAACAUCUUAAACUUAAUCAUAUAGUAAUAAUAAAAGUAACUCCAUAUGGUACUGUACAGAAGAGAGCGUAUGUGUGUGGGUAUACAGCACUGUAAAAAAUACUCAGUUCUUAAAACACUUCGUAUAGAAAAGGAAAAAAGAUUGAAGGUUAACAGUUUACUCUCAUUUCAUCGAUGUCUUGCAUACCCGGAGCGACAUUUGUGAGGUAAUAUUAUAACAUUAAUAAUUGGGUGAUACAGAAGAUGGCGAGAUGGCUCCCGUUACAGAUGAUGGGCCUGGUGUUGAAGAGGAUGGGCCUGGUGCUGGAGAGUCGGGGUUUGAUUCUGCUGCUGGAGAGGCGGAGUUUACUGCUGGAGUAAAUAUCUUGAAGUAGGCUCAAGGGAGGUUUCUGCAGAGCUUUUCUUUUUCUCAUCAUAAAUGGCCUUAUAGCAGCUGAGGCCGGCAGUAACUGGUCAACUUUGGUGAACCUCUCUCUAUUAGGAUCUUGCUACUCUAACUUUGCCAUCCCUGCUUCAACGAGAUGAAAGGCUUCAGCUAACUUUUAUCAAAACCUUUUUUGGUUCUAGAGUUUUUAGAUCCCAGUCUUCUUCCUCAAAUACUAUCACCUGCUGCUCCACUUCCCAUAAGGUCUUCACUGGGUAGUUCUUUGGCAUGGUGUCCAGUAACUAUAAUGUCAUUUUUACCAAUAUCUAACUGCAGAUGAUUACCAAUAUCAAGCACAGCUUGCCUGGCUUCAGCAAUGUCAUCAGCUGUAAAUUCUUGAAAAGUCUGUUUUGCAUCAGGGUGACAAUUUGUUCUACACUCCAUAUAUGACUGCUUCUUUUCAUGCCAUUUUGAUGGCAUCACAAAUGCAAUUCUUUGAGAACUCCCUAAAGUUUAUCACACAUCCUGGGUGGCCCUGACUGCUGUGAGAAGGUCUGCCAUAAAUAAUAGGCCUUAAAGAAGGCUACGACUUUUUAAUCCAUUGGCUGAAGUAGUGAUGUAUUGUUGGGGGGUAAAAUACGACCUUUACAUUGGGGUGAAGGUCAUCUAAAGUGCUCUUAUGUUCAGCUGCAUUGUCAAGCACAAGGGGAAUCUCGAAUUUUCUUGGCCAAGCUAUAAUGUUCAGUGGCAGGGACAAAAUGGUUCAAGAACCAGCCUUCAAAGAUGGCAGUUGUAACCCAAGCCUUUUCAUUUGCCUUCCACUUAACAGGAAGAUGUGCCUUAGUGAUGUGGCGAAGUGUCCUCAGAUUUAGGGAAUGGUAUACAAGCAAAGGCUUGAGCUUGAAAUUCCGAGAUGUUACCCCCAAGCAAUAACGUUAGCCUGCCCUUCAGUGGCUUAUGCCCUGGUGCACUUUUUUCCUCAACAUUUUAGGAAAACCACUCAUAGAACUUACAUCAGCACUUGCUGCGUCACCUUGCACUUUAUUAUGUCAAUUUGCCCUCACUUUAAAACAAUUGAACCAAUUCCCAUUCACGACAAAUUCUUCAACCCCAUCAUCUUCACUUGCUGUAUAUGUUGUUGUUAGGUGCCACUGAGUCAGUUCUGACUCAGCAAUCCUGCGUACAGCAGACCGAAACACAGCCCUCGUGGUGGUGGUUACGCUUGAGCACAUUGUUGUAGUCACUGUGUCAGUCCAUCUCGUUGGGGGUCUUCUUUUUUGCUGGCCCUCUCCUUUAACAAGCAUGACGUCUUUCUCCAGAACUGGUCCCUCCUCACAACAUGCCCAAAGUAUGGUGAGACGAAGUCUUGCCAUUCUCGCUUCUAAGGAGCAGUACUUGUUCCAAGACAGAUUUGUUGCUUCUUUUGGGGUAUAGAAAAUUGACUGUGUUGUGAGAAACCCUGGUGGCAUAGUGGUUAAGUGCUACAGCUGCUAACCAAAGGACUGGCAGUUCGAAUCCACCAGGCACUCCUUAGAAACUCUAUCAGGCAGUUCCUACUCUGUACCUGUUAUAGGGUUGCUAUCAGUCAGAAUCGACUCGAUGGCUCUGGGUUUGGUUUAGUUUUUUUGUGUGUGUGUGAGAUAAUGGAUGCUUUAGUAAUGUAGCGGCGUUGAGGCUGGAGAGAUGAUGUUGGGCUGGAAGAUAUUAAAGCACAAUCACCUUGACUAGGUAAUUUUAUUGGCCUUGGGGAUAAGAAAGAGAAUUAAGGUUGAACUCAUAAUGUGUGUCUUCAUCAACUGAGCACAGGGUAUCAUUCAUCUGGGAUGGGGAAUACAGAAACAAGUGUGGAUGAUGAUGCUUAUUUUGCUGUCAACAUCCCCCUUUUUUUGCUGCCACUACUAACUGGAAACCUAAACACAGACCUAAAGUUGUAAGCUCCAUAGCUUGGCAGCUCAAAGUGUGGCCCAUGGGCCAAUAGGCUCAGCAUCACCCAAGAGCCUCUUAAGAAUUCAGAAUCCCAGGCUCCUCUUAGACUUCCUGAAUCAAAACCCACAUUGUAACCAGUUUCCUGGGAGUUUCAGAUGCAUGUGUUGGAGGAGUGCUGGCUCUGAUCCUUCCGCUUCCCUGGGUGUUUGUUGGUGAGAACAGAAGCUCUGCCUUCAGGAAGGGAAGGUGGUGGUGCCAGGCUUGGAUUACCUAGACCAGAGUGAUGUCUCUAGGAGGCACAAGUGAGUUUCUUUCCAGUCUGGGAGUGGUGAGCUGCAGGUGAAGGACACGGGGUUGUAUCUGCAGUUUCUGCAGCUUCAGUAGUUGAAUUGUCAUCGCUGCUCAUCAAAUACUUUGUUCUAAUGUUACUGUAGUCUUUGAACAAUUUAGUUCAUGAAGAUCAGGUGGACCUAAACAGCUAGGAAUUUUGUUGCUCAUUAAGUUUCUGUGGUUUAAGUUUGGGCCCAACAUUUGAAUCCAUAGGAAGUCUUUAUCUUAGAAGGGCAUUUUGUUCUUAAUUUUAACCUCCACUCUACAGAAUGCCCCAAGCGCAUUGCCAGGGCUCCUGAGCUGAAGCUUCUCCUCCUCCACAGGGAAUGAGACACAACUUUGGUUCAUUGCGACCCUGUUGUCUUCACUCAGAGAUAGAUUCCACCUGAACACACCCAGCCUCACAUCUUCAUGGCUCCCGUUUUAUCCCCUGAGGGGAGACCCAAAAAACAGGGCAAUCAUUGCAGGUGGGAGAGACAAAGAAAAAUUUACUGGUUGUGUUUUUACUUCAGAUCUCUUGGGGCAUCUCCCACUUCUACAUGUGGCCACCCCACCACCACCACUACCCCCAUCUGCUGCUGAGUCAACCCCAACUCAUAGUGACCCGUGUGUCGGAGUGGAACUCUGUUCCAUAGGGUCUUUAAUGGCUGAUAUUUCAGAAAUAGAUCACCAAGACUUUCUUCCAAGGUGCCUCUGGGUGGACUCAAAACAACAGCCUUUGCAUUAGCAGUCAAGCACAUGAACUCUUUUCACCACCCAGGGACUCUGGGUGCCAGUCCGGUAUAUGUUAUUCAUGUGUCCAGGUUACAAACUUUGUGGGGUGAAGAUUUUUCUUAGCCAAUACACAUCAAAUAAGUUAAUACUAAAACCUCCCCAGGAAUUAUACUGCAGAAGGCCCUUCCUUACAUUUAAUUUGGAAAUCAAAGUAUCAUCGGAUGGUGACUUAAUUGGUGCCACCAAGAAGAGUAAUAAUAGAGGAAAUGGCUGUGCAGUUCUCAGUCUCUUCAUCUGAGGAGUCAGAAUGCUCCUGUUACUCAGUGAGGUAUUUAUCCCUGGUCAGGGCUUACUGCUGAUUUAUUCAGAACACCUGACCACCUGGGCCGUGAUACAGUGUCCCUGCUCCCCGCUCUUCAGCAGUGUGGCUUUUACUCUGUGAUGCCUUUUAGCCGAUACUAAAAAAGAUUUUAAGAACCUUGAAAUUCAUUAUUGGAUUCCUUGAACGGAAUUGGCAGAAACCUUGCUCAUUUUAUCACACAGUGUGACCUCAUGAGAAUCAGGGACAUCAAUGUCUUUUUUCCCUUAGUAUCAGGAAGGGUCAUGCUUCUUUUAUGCAAUUGUUUGUUUUAAUGUUAGGAAUACUGUGUGUCUUGAGCUCAAUCAUUGCAUCAGAGGUUGCUUACUCAAAAUAUAUAUUCUCUUAUUAAUCAAACGUCAGUUUUAUUUGGUUAUAUGCCCAGCUAAAAUCCCAUUUUUCCAACUUCUCUUGAAAUUAUCUUCAGUGAGAUAUAAGGGAAGUUAUUGGAUGGGAAUAAUGGAAUGCUCUUGAGAAACCAUUUCCAUCUUCUGGCCUGCAGUUUGCACAUUGCAACUGGAAUCUAGAAGCUGUCAUGUCUUGGAAAACCAAAUAUAGUGUGACAGCCGGAAUAACCCUUUUCCCUAAUGUUAUCAUGAGGCCCUUUCUUUUAUGCCAGAGAAAAUAAAGCUGUAAUUGUUCAGAGGAGCCCUGGUGACGCAGUAGUUAAGACCUCUGCUGCUAACCAAGAGGCCGGCAGCCCAAAUCCGCCAGCUGCUCCUUGGAAACCCUAUGUGGCAGUUCUACUCUGUCCUGUAGGGUUGCUAUGAGUUGGAAUGGACUUGAUGGUAACAGGUUUCGUUUGGUUUUUUGGUAUCUUGUUUACCUAUGCCAUUCCUCACUUCAUUUUGUAUCUAAAAUUUUUUUCUGCCAGAAUAAUUGUCUUCUCAUGUGCAUUUAAGUGUUUUGCUUUGCAUUGUGUAAGGAGCCCUGGUGGUACAGUGGUUAAGUGCUCAGCUGUUAACAAAAGGCUGACACUUCUAACCCACUCAGCAGCUCCAUGGAAGAAAGGCCUGGCAAUCUGCUCACAUAAGGCUUAUAGUCCAGAAAACCCUAUGGGGUACUUACACUUUGUCACAGUGGGUCGCUAAGUCAGAAUCAACUCAAAAGCACCUAACAUCAACAACAUGGACUCUGUCGGUUCCUUGAAAUACUUUUUGGAAUAUGUCAUGUAAAAAUAUGAAUAAAUAAAUGGUGUUUUUCAAAUGAAACUGGGCACUAGAUCCUGGGCCUAUGAUAGCUGUCCUCCCACGAGCAUUCUCUGAGGUCAUCGUACUCACUGUUGUGCUGACAAGAGGCAGAUCCAUCGCAUGUAAGGAACAUUUCCAGGGCCCAUCAGCUCCUGGGUGGAAAAGGCAGAGUCAGAACUCACACCUGCCUGACUCCAAGUCAGGGCCUUUAUCUUAGCAGCACUGCCUCCCACAGUCGAUGCUUCACAAAUAACAGGUGAUGCUGAAGCUGAAAUAGAGCAGAAUCUUGAGAGUCGAGGAGACUUUAGAGUCAAUUUCUCUUUCAGAAGGAGAGAGGCCCUGGAAUUGUGGUCUAAGGUAGAAGCAAGAAGGAAAGGGGCUGAGAGGGAAUGGACUGUGAGAAGCCUCUUCAGACCAGGGACCUGAAUGGUAUAGGAUUUGAAUCAAUCCCCUUUCACUAUCUCAUCACCUCUGACUGUUCCCCAGAAGACAUGGUCAUAAAAAGCUUUUCUUCCUGCACACCCUGUUCUCAUAGAACUCGCUGGACUUCUCUGGCAUCGCCCAAAGAUAUUACACAGUGGAUGAGCCUCCACGGGCCCCUUCUCCCUUGGGUAAUGGAAGCAUGUGGGCUGGGGAGGUGGUGUCUGGCACUGGUUGUUGGUAGUGAGUGGACACAGUGAGGAGGAUCUCAGCCUGGGCCUUGUAUGCUGAAGGUGAGCAGCAAGGAGACAUUUACAGUUUCUGCAAAUCCAGAGGCUGAGUUUUCAGAGCUCCUCAUUAAAUGCAUUGUUUUAUUGUUACUCUACUCUCUAAGCAACUCACUUCCUUGAAGGCCAAGGGACCAUAAAUAAAAGGAAACUUUUCUCCCAGUUCAGUCCCCGUGGGUUCAGCUGUGGGGCCAGACGCAUAUUCCCUCCAAUGGGUCCAUCUCCCUUGGAAAGUGCAGCUAACCCUGUGGAUAUGACCUCAUAUAGGCCCCGUCACAGAGACCACCCCAUCAGUCCCUAAGCUGCCAGGAGCCACAAUGAGUCCCCAGUGCCUGACUCAGAUGUGGCAGUGCCCACUUGUCACACCCAACCCAAAUAGGAUUCUCCCUGAAACUUCAUGCUAACUUCUGUUUGCAAUGCCGGGGACAGAUUCUAGAUAAAAUGGUUCGUUGGGUCCCUGCAGUUGGUGGAGGAAAAAGGCUCAGUUUUAGCUGUGUAGAAAGCAUUUUCCUUGUUCACGUUCUCCCAAAUGCAGUUUUGUCAUUUGGGGUAAACAUUCACUUCUUCACACGAUAUACUUUGUUUUUCUGACUACAAACCCACGUAGGCCAUUCAGAGCAUUCCUUCUGUCAUGAAUUAUGUCCCCCAAGAAAUGUAUCAAUUUGGCUGGGCCAUGAUUCCCAGUAUUGUGUGGUUGUCCUUCCUUUUGUGGUGGUGAUUUUAUGUUAAAUAGGAUUAUGGUGGAAUUGUAACAUCCUUACUAAGGUCACAUCCCUGAUGCAACGUAAAGGCGGUUUCCCUGAGGUGUGGACUGCGCCACCUUUUAUCUUACAGUAGAUGAAAGGGAAGAAAGCAGAGAGUUGAGGACCUCGUACCACCAAGAAAGCAGUGCCAGGAGCGGAACGUGUCCUUUGGACUCGGGGUCCCCAUGCAGAGAUGCUCCUAGUCCAGGAGAAGACUGAUGAGAAGGCUGACAGAGGGAAAGCCUUUCCCUGGAGCAGAUGCCCCAAAUUUGGACUUUGAGCCUACUUCACUGUGAGGAAAUAAAUUUCUCUUUGUUAAAGCCAUCCACUUGCGGUAUUUUUGUUAUAGCAGCACUAGAUGACUAAGACACCUUCCCAUGGGAAAGUCUACUUUGGAAAUAAAAUUAGCACCUGACAGUGACUCAUAGAAGGAGACUACAAACUUUUUGGAAAAGGCUAGAUAAUAGGCAUCACAGGCCAUAGGCUUUCUGUGGGAACUACUCAAUUCUGCUCUGUAAGCAGUGGUACCAUGUACACAAAGGAGCAUGGCUGUGUGGAUUAGUUUCCUGUGGCUACUGUAACAAAUGACCACUACCUGGAUGGCUUAAGGAGCCCUGGUGGUGCAGUGGUUACGUGAUACGGCUGCUAACCAAAGGCUUGCAUUUUGAAUCCACCAACCACUCCUUGGAAACGCUACAGGGCAGUUGUACUUUAUCCUAUAGGGUCGCUAUGGGUCAGAAUCGACUCUACAGCAGUUGGGUUUUUUUUGUGG